AGCGCCUGUAGGUAUUGUAUUGUACAUACUCGACGUGCCCUAAGGCUAGGUAUGAUUUGAGUGAUAUCAGACACUACUCGAAGACAACCUUGGAUAUCAAAUAAGCCGUCUGCUCUUCAUGGCCGCCCUACGUGGAAUAUGCGCCAAUUUAAGCCUACCAGUUGCUUUUGGACGCCUCAAUAAAACUUUCUGCCUUGUGCGCACUAUACAACACCAGCCGUAUGAUGCCGCAUUCGAUCAAGCCGAAUUGGCUGAAGCUCGAAAAUGGUAUUCUUCGUUUACCGAGAGUAGCUUACCAAAGGGUCAAACAACUUUCUCUAGGUCAAGCGGACCUGGAGGGCAACACGUAAACAAAACCGAGAGCAAGGCCACGACAGUGUGGUCUAUCGAUGAGUUAUCCAAGGGCUUACCAAAAUUAAUCCGUUCAGCAUUACGCUCUUCGAAGUACUAUUCAAGGCGGAAUGAUUCUAUCACAAUCCAAGCUCAGACACAACGCAGUAGAUCUGCGAACACCGAUGAUAAUCGCUUAAAGCUUACAGAAGAACUACAUAGGAUUUAUAGAGAGCGUGUCCCAGGAACGACUAGUGGUGAAAAGAUUAAGAAAUACGAAGCCCUGGAGAAAUCGGCUCGUGAGAGUAGACUGAGAUCGAAGAAACUGCAUAGUUCUAAAAAGGCAUUUCGAAAAGGUAGAGGCGGUGACGAGUAAAGAGCGAUCAAAUGCUCAACUAGGCAACCUUUGCCCUGAGUAGCAGGCUUUUGAUAGCUAGCCGGCUUGACUAUAGCAGCCUGCCUGCGUACGUGUCAUCGGUGAGCCAGUCAACUUGGAGGUAGGAGUUACUUGCUACUACCUUAGGUACCUGUCACCUGCUUCCGAAGAAAUCUAACAAGAAAAAAAUGAAUGAAGAAGAGUAGUAUGUAAGAAAAGGAUAGGUCCGAAAAAAAUACCUCUUAUUAUUAGAAGCGCAGAGUAUUGUUUUAAGUCCGAUACAACUAACUACGUGUUAGACGAUAUACUAUGUAAAUCCUUGGUGUAUACCUACCUACCUAGGUAGGUACCUAAC